AUGGAAAAUUCGAUGAUUAAGAAGAGCUUCAAAGAAGGUGAAGAGUCAGAACUGAGAAGAGGGCCUUGGACUCUGGAGGAAGACACUCUUCUCACUAAUUACAUUCUCCAUAACGGUGAAGGUCGUUGGAAUCUCGUAGCCAAAUGUGCUGGGCUCAAGAGAACUGGGAAGAGUUGUAGACUGAGAUGGCUGAAUUACUUGAAACCUGAUAUCAGACGAGGGAAUCUAACUCCUCAAGAACAGCUUUUGAUCCUCGAACUCCACUCAAAAUGGGGUAAUAGGUGGUCCAAGAUUGCACAGUACUUACCAGGAAGAACAGACAACGAGAUCAAGAACUAUUGGAGAACAAGAGUUCAGAAACAAGCUCGACAGCUCAACAUCGAAUCUAACAGCGACAAGUUCUUUGACGCUGUUCGUAGUUUUUGGGUCCCUAGAUUGAUGGAGAAGAUGGAGCAAAACUCAUCUACUAGUACUUAUUGUUGUCCCCAAAACAACAACAACAACAACAACAACUCUCUUCUCCUUCCUUCUCAAUCUCAAGACUCCAUGAGUACACAAACAUACACUGAAUACUCAGGUCAAAACUCGGAUUUGAGCUACAUGGAAGGUUCUACUUCAAAUUCCACUUUCAUGUCUGAUCUCAUGACAGUUCCACAAUCCAUGGAUCACAACACCAUCGACGGUUCGAUGUGUUUCCAUGAAGGCGAUGGUCAAGAACUAGGCGGAUAUAUUCCUGGCAUGGAGGAAUAUUACAUGGGAAAUUCAUACAUAUCAACGGAAUGCCACGUGGCAGAAGCGUACGAGGAUAUUGUCACACAAGAUCCCAUGUGGAACGUGGAGGACAUUUGGCAGUUUAGGGAGUAAUUAAGUCAGUCAAGAG